AUGUAUCUAGCAUUUUUCCGCAAAGUCAUGUUGUAUGGUGAGAGAUGUAUAUCGGCCGAUGAGAGCCUUGGCUCACACGAAAAUCAGGCGCAUUUGUUUACCACUAUUAGCUCUAACAUCGUUCUGCGUAACCCUGUGUUCAAAGAAAUUGAAGGAUUGCCUCCAGCAUCACGUGGUCGCAUCAGGACGCCGACCAAUAAAUAUUUGGCGACGUCAUCGCAAAAGUUACCCGCAUCAAGGCAUCGACAUUCUACUCUUAGACUGAGCGUUCAAGCAGAAGUUCUGCAAUCGCUUAAUAUCCAUACCUGUCAUUCUUUGAAACCACCAUCAAGCGGGAGACCUAUGAGUUUCCUGGCAGAGGUCUUCCUUCUUUUGGUCUUCUACACUGUUACGCGAUAUUUUGCGAACGACGGUAUGAACCAUACUGGGAACCGUGUUCCUCUUCGUUACCGAGGACGAGGUGGUCGCCGAACGGUCCUCCCUUCGUAUCCACAGCACAACGAAGCAGAGACAACUAGCAAGAUCAGCGGUUCCGUUGAUUCAGAUGAUACAGAAGACACAGAUGUACCCGAUGAUACUCAGCACAAAGAAUUUUACCCAAGCUUAGAAGACGUGUCUGAGGUUCGGAAUAUACUCCGUCGACUGUGGUCAAGCUCGUCAAAGUCAUCAAGUCGGCGAAAUGUUAUGUUGCCGGACGAGGUGAUUGAUAUUAUUUUAGAUGAGGCGGAAUAUUGGCCUAGUAUGGUGACGAAACUCGAUACAACUCCGUUUGUGAUUUCUGCCGAUGGGGAUAGAGAAUGUUUGAAGACGCCGCCGUUAUGUUAUAGUCUUGCAAAGGAGGGGAAGAAAAGCCAAGAAGAAGCUUCGCCGACAGGUCAAGAGAGCUCGCCACGGAUUUUACUACAUCGGGGUAUUCAUCCAUGCCGAAAGAUUGUAUUCGAUAUAUCAUCCCACGAUCAAGGUUGGGGCGGAGAAAGUGCUCAUAGAGGCACAUUCACAGGCUCCUGGACAUGGUUCGAUGCAUAUAUAAGACCUUCGACCCCGAAAGACGACGCCGACGAUGGUCGCAAAGCAUCCGAUACGACCACAGCUACGACGACCAGGUCAGCAGACUCCGACUCUAGCUCAGAGGGGACACCUUCUUCUCAUCUAAGACCGUUUCUUCCGGAACCGACCAAACUUCAAUGCAAUCGCACCGCAACCAUUAACUCUACCGAUUAUCACAUUUUCUGGCAUUACCGCGAUAACUUGCCGGCUGAUUCCCCCGAAGCAGAGCGAAUCGAGCGAGAGACGGGUCGUGGACGGGCAACUUUAGAUGGAAAUGCGGUACGCAACAUGAAAGUUGGCGACGAAGUCUCUGUAUGGCUGAGGGCGCGAUUUGCUGGAUGGCGGAAUCACGUUGAUAAGAUGUCAGUUAGGGUAUUUUGGGCGGCUUGAGGUUAUCAAGUGUCCGUGUGACGGCUAUGAUCAUGAUGUAUAAUAAUAGGUACUAUAAUAUUUGUCGGUCUUUUUUGGCUAAUAGCUGUCAAGAUCUUGUACAUUAGCAGCCAAACCCCAUCUCUAUCGGGGCCUCUAUGGUUUGUAGCAACAAUACGAUGUUGUUCCAUUUUGC